CCUAGGUCCAUGGUCACUGCCGUUGACCACGUUUCCCUCCCCUUCCGCUCUGAGUCUUUUUUCUCCUUUUUUGUCACUAUCAAACCGCCUUUGCCGAUGACUAUAACCUAGAGAAGAACCAUGGCAAGACCCUUUGGACCAGAAGCUUUGUUCAACCAGGCAGGAUUCGGCAUCGUAUCUCAAGAAUCUCUCAAAAAUCAAAGGAUCGCAGAUGAUCUCUGUGCUCGACGAAAACCAAACGAAGCGGUUCCAUAUAUCAUGAAGGCGAUGCAAGACGAGAACAACGUCGACAUCUUUGUUACUGCCACCUUUCUGGAGCCGACUUACAAGGAAUCUAUUGAAUGUUUAGACGAGGGUAAACGACGAGCAAGCGCUAUUUUACGAAGGAAAUACGGACCCAAAGCAUUAGCAGAUGACGGACCUCUCAUAGACAAGUUCUCAUGGAACCUCGAUACUCGACCAUAUAUGCGCAUCAUGCAAGCCUACGUCCGUAUGCACGUCGAAUACAAGAAAUACGCGGCAGCCGUAGACACCAUAAUCGAAAUAUUCCGUCUCAACCGUAAUGACCCCCUCGGUCAAAGCACAUGGCUCGGCUCCCUGUUGUGCUUCACAGCUCGCUACGCAGACGCCCUCUACUUCGCCCAAGUAUUCAUGGACGUCGGAGCAGGUCGAAUGCACCUCGAUGAUCUCCCACCAGGUGGUGGAACCAAAUUUCUCCCGCCCCGAAGGGACCUGUACACCGCCGAAGAACAGAGAAAACUGAAAAACUACGAAGCGACGAUCUUGUACACCGCUGCAUUGGCUAGCUUCAAGCUGUGGGGCGAUGGUGAGGAAGCGAGGAUGUACCUCCGUUUGGCAGCUGGUGCGAAUCCGAAGGUGUUGGUGAAGCUUUUGGGGAGGAUACGAAAACCAGAACAUCUCACUCAAGGCCCACGAGGUAUCAACGGCCCUGAAUCUGCACACGAUUAUCUCUGGCUCUCCCAAGACCUCUGGAUGGAAGAUGAUGUGUGGAGUUGGAUCAGCGAGAACUUGGAUGCGAAAAAGAGCGUCUUGAUGGAAUGUGGGAGUGAGGCAUGCAACAAGGAAGAAUCUACCCCAGCUCAAUUCCAUCGUUGUUCUGGGUGCAGGCAGAUCUCGUACUGUAGCCGCGAAUGCCAAAAACUCGAUUGGAGGAGACAUAAGCCUGAUUGUACACACGUACAGGCUGUGAAAGCCGUUGGUCGUGCUGUAGCAGCUGGGAAGCCUGUGCCCGCCGAUGUAGAUAUGCCAAUCUUCACCGGUGAUUUCUCCACGGCCGGGGUCUAUAUGCAGGAAGUCCCGAAGACGACCAAGAAGGCCAACAAGAAGAAGAAGAAGAAAAAGAAGGGAAAGAAGGAGGCUGGAGAUGGCGGGGAUGACGGUCCCAUCGGUGAAGCCGGAGAAGAUGAAGCUGGAAAAGGGAGUGGAGAAGAAGAGGUGAGAGCGUAACCCACUGGUUGUGGGUGGACGAAUGGACUCGCGAUCACAAUUCCUCGACGAUACUCGCAGCGCUUUUCAGGCGUACGCCUGCUGUUGUGAUUCAUUAUGAUCUAUUGCACGGGUUGACGAGAUAGGAUGGUUUCUGAGGUUUCCGUACGUAUCUAGUAACUGCAGGAGGGUAAUUAAUCUAUGAGAUGGUGUUAUGGUUAUGAUAGUUAAUCCCAUGUCUCGACGCAAUGAGGUGCAGUGCAAGGCGUAGGAUAAGGAACU